AUGGCACCACAAGCAAGAGAAGAUCUCGUUAUUCCAUACAAACACGUACCCGCCAAAUCAAGAAAAGAUGCAGGUAACGUCUUGGCCCAAUCACUACCAAUGGCCGCCAUGUUUAUGAGAAACAAGAUGUUAUCAUGGGCCUCGGUGUUUUUAGCAGUUCAGUCUUACUUAAAUGAACCAAUCAACAGACCAGCUGACGAAGAAACUGGACAACAAUCACCAGCAUUGAGAGUUGUGUUUGCACUCGUAUCGUUGAUUACAUGCUAUAUGGAUAUUAUAUUCCCCAGUACUAAUCCGGCAGUUAAAAGGGCAGCUAAAGUUGUAUCUGAAACUGCCACUGCUGCCACUGCUGCUGCCACUGCUACCGUCACCGCAAAGGCUUAG